GCUGGUGUUCUGACCCUCUGACGCAUUUAGGUUUUUUUAACAUAACUCCAUGAUUUACCCCACUCCAUAAGGAGGAGGUGGUGAUAAACAAAAAGUCUCAACUUUGCUCGCCAGGAAAAUUGUAACCAAAGAAGUCUGUCAUUUUCGCUCCUUACGACAUCAAAACUUUCAUCCCUGUGAGGGCGACAAAAACUGCUUGGGCCAGAGAUAUCAGGGUGCUAAACUGCUGAUCAUCAGAACUGGAAUACCCAAAGAAGUGAAAAAUGGACAAAGCACCAGAUGAAGCCAAGGAGGUUUACAGUCACCAUGGCGUUAUCGUCAAAAAGCUGGAGAAGUAUAAUGAGCGCGAAAGUGCCUGCUCCUCAUCUACAUUUAUUAGCUUUGUGUCUUCAGGAACUUUGUCUGUUCUGGAACAUAACAAUGAUCGUUGGCUACUAUGGGUGCCAGAGGAAAGAAACUUGUCUGUCGAGUCUGACCCAACUGAAUGGGAAGUGGUAAACACAGAAAAACCUAAGCCUCCCUCUAUCAAUGAUGAAAAGUUGGAAUCAAGAAAAAUUUGGAUAAAUGUAAAAGACUUAAAAAGUCUGCAGUUGAGACGGAACACAAACAAAAUGUUCUUUGACCUCAAGGAUGGCACCACUUUUGAUGUAGUUUUCCAGCAUGGAGACGCCCAGCAGUUCAUCUCAUCCUUCCGAAGCUUUGUGAUCCUUGAGCGAUCUAGACGUUCCAGACAAAAGUUCUACGUUAAAGGUUGUGUCAAUCGCGAACUGAGCAAAUCUUUCGCUGAGCUGGAUUUGUUUGGGGAACAGGGUAACUUGGUUGCUCGGUUCAUGAAAGACUUGCAUGACAGACCUUUUGAGACAACACUGACUGCGUUUUCGAAACUCACCGGAGUUGUGGCGUCAGGGUUGAGUAACACCUUGCGGCCGGACGAUGAGAUGGUCAGUCAACCCUCAUUGCAAGGUGACGAAUACGAAGUGAUUCCAUCUACACUGGACCAUCCUGCAAUGUCUCUUCCCCCAAGACCUACUAUAAAAAGAGGUGAUCCUCUUUCAGUUGAAGAGUGGAUGAGGCAUGUUCAGGAAGAUGGAAGUGUUAUCAAAGUAGACACCCUUUUAAUGACAAUUUUCCGUGGUGGAAUAGAUCCUGUGCUCCGUUAUGACGUCUGGAAAUACUUGCUGAACUAUAUUCCCUACAACUGCAGUCAAACAGAAGCAGCUGAGUUGCGCAAAAAGAAAAUCCAGGAGUACCAGACUCUUUGCCAACAGUGGCGUAGCAUCACACCUGAGCAGGAGGACAGAUUUUCAUUAUUCAAAGACAGGAAAAGUCUCAUAAGCAAGGAUGUGAACAGAACUGAUAGAACCAUAGAUUAUUUUGCCGGGGAUGACAAUCCCAACCUGGAAAGCUUGAACAACAUUCUCAUGAGCUACAUGAUGUACAACUUUGACCUGGGCUACGUGCAAGGCAUGAGCGACCUUCUUAGUCCGAUAUUGAUGCUGAUGGACAAUGAGCAUGAUGCAUUUUGGUGCUUUGUUGGUUUUAUGGAAAAAGUUAUGGGUAAUUUUAUGCUGGAGCAAACAAGCAUGAAAGAGCAGCUGCUGCAGUUGGCCUGUUUGUUGCAAAUCCUUGAUCCGGUCCUUGCUAAUUAUCUCAACUCUCACGAAUCAGGAAAUCUCUUUUUCUGCUUUCGUUGGCUUCUGGUUUUGUUCAAGAGAGAGUUCACUAAUGACGACAUUAUGGUGAUAUGGGAGGUCCUUUGGACUGAUCUCCCUUGCCGCAAUUUUCAUCUGUUGCUUUGCAUUGCUAUUCUUGAGACUGAACGGGAAGAAAUAAUGGCUAAUGAGAAUGGACUGUCUGAUAUCCUUGCUCACGUCAACAGCUUGUCAAUGAACAUUGACCGUGAGGCCAUUUUGAGUAAAGCAGAAGCAAUGUACAUGCAGUUGUUGUCAAAUGCAGAACAACUUCCAAUAAUGGCUUGUGUGACACUCGGCCUUCCUGUACCUCCAGACCCAGAAACUGGUGAUCAUGAGGAGCACUUGAAGUUAUCAAACAUGACUCCAAGUGAUGAUGAUGAGGAUGCGUUUGAAAAGGCCAUGUCUCAUACCUUUCUUUAAUUGAGAGUCUAGUCUUAUAUUUUCAAUUACUUUUCAGAUUAUUUGAGUAAUUUUGAAAAAAAGAA